GUGCCGGGGUUGCUCCGGAUCUCUAGGGGCAGAGCACCUGAGGAUCCUUGCGUGUUCUAGUAACCCAUACCUGCGAAGCGAGAGCUGCACUCUCACAGGUACCAUGUCCAACGUGAUAGCUCAGUCGCUGAAUGUUUUUGGUUUUCGGUCUCACGUGGCCAACAAUGUUUUCUUCUUCGAUGAACAAAUCGUUAUAUUUCCUUCAGGAAAUCACUGUGUGAAGUACAAUCUGGAUCAGAAAUGGCAAAAAUUCAUUCCAGGCUCAGACAAGAGUCAGGGCAUGCUGGCGCUGGCCAUCAGUCCCAAUCGGCGAUACCUCGCCAUCUCCGAGACUGUGCAAGAAAAACCCACCAUCACUAUUUAUGAGCUGUCAUCCGUCCCUUGCCGGAAGCGCAAAAUCUUGAAUAAUUUUGACUUCCAAGUUCAAAAGUUUGUUAGCAUGGCUUUUUCUCCAGACUCUAAAUACCUGCUGACACAGACGUCGCCUCCAGAGUCAAACCUCAUCUAUUGGCUGUGGGAAAAGCAGAAAGUAAUGGCCAUUAUUAGAGCUGAUGUUCAGAACAACCCCAUCUACCAGGUUAGCAUCAAUCCCCAAGAUAAUACUCAAUUGUGCAUCACUGGAACCGGGAUAUUUAAGCUUCUCCGUUUUGCUGAAGGAACCCUAAAGCAAACCAAUUUCCAGAGGGGAGAAUUCCCAAACUACCUAGCCCAUGCUUGGGUGUCUGAGGAACGGAUCAUUGUUGGCACUGACACCGGCAGGCUCUUUCUUUACGAAUCUGGAGAUCAACGCUGGGAGACAAGCAUCAUGGUCAAGGAGUCUACAAGCUCCAAGAGCCUGGAGGUCAUCCAGGAGUCAGAGAGCCUGAUCGAGUUUCCACCACGCAGCUCCCCAGUCCCCUCCGUUGAACAGGUCGUGACAGCUACUGACUCCCGCCAGCUGGCCAUGCCCCAAGUAUUCGCCAUCGCUGCCUAUUCAAAGGGCUUUGCCUGCUCUGCUGGGCCAGGGAGAGUGCUGCUGUUUGAGAAGGUGGAAGAUAAGGACUUUUACCGGGAGAGCAGGGAAAUCCGGAUCCCGAUGGACCCACAAAGCAAUGACCCAUCUCAGUCAGACAAACAGGAUGUUCUGUGCCUGUGCUUCAGCCCAUCGGAAGAAACCCUCAUCGCCAGCACCAACAAGAGCCAGCUCUACACCAUCACCAUGUCCCUGACAGAGAUCAGCAAGGGAGAGCCUGCCCAGUUCGAGUACCUGCUCUACCCAAUGCACUCGGCGGCCAUCACUGGUCUAGAUACUUGCAUCCGAAAACCCCUCAUUGCCACCUGUUCUCUGGAUCGCUCCAUCCGCAUCUGGAAUUAUGAAACCAACACACUGGAGCUAUAUAAGGAAUACCAAGAAGAAGCCUAUACAAUCAGCCUUCACCCCUCUGGACACUCAAUUGUGGUGGGGUUUGCUGACAAACUCCGCCUUAUGAAUCUGCUCAUUGACGACAUCCGUCCUUUCAAAGAGUAUUCCGUCAGAGCAUGCAAAGAGUGUGCCUUUAGCAAUGGAGGACACCUGUUUGCUGCAGUCAAUGGAAAUGUAAUUCACAUCUUCACUACCACCAGCCUGGAGAACAUUACCAACCUGAAAGGCCACACAGGGAAGAUUCGGUCACUUGUGUGGAACUCAGACGACAGCAAACUGAUUUCUGCUGGAACAGAUGGCGCUGUGUAUGAAUGGAACCUGUCCACAGGGAAGAGAGAGACAGAGUGCGUGCUCAAGUCUUGCAGCUACAACUCUGUUACUGUCUCCCCUGAUGGCAAAGUUAUCUUCGCUGUUGGAUCAGACCAGACUCUGAAGGAGAUUGCAGAUUCUUUGAUCCUUCGAGAGAUAUUAGCAAUUGAUGUCGUCUAUACAGCCAUCGCCAUCUCACAUUCCGGGCGCAUGAUGUUUGUGGGCACUUCGGUGGGAACUAUCCGUACCAUGAGGUACCCCUUGCCUGGGCAGAAGGAAUUCAAUGAGUACCAGGCUCAUGCUGGUCCCAUCAACAAGGUCAUGCUCACCUUUGAUGAUCAGUUCCUACUGACUGUUGCUGAUGAUGGCUGCCUGUUCACCUGGAAGGUCUUCGAUAAGGAUGGUCGGGGAAUCAAACGAGAGAGGGAGGUGGGCUUUGCUGAAGAGGUGCUCGUGACGAAGACAGACAUGGAAGAGAAGGCUCAGGUUAUGUUGGAGCUGAAAACACGUGUGGAAGAACUGAAAAUGGAGAAUGAGUAUCAGCUUCGGCUGAAGGACAUGAACUACUCGGAGAAGAUUAAGGAGCUGACGGACAAGUUCACCCAGGAGAUGGAGUCCUUAAAGACCAAGAACCAGGUUUUAAAAACAGAGAAAGAAAAGCAAGACAGCAUUCACCGGGAACGCAUGGACGAGCUCCUGGAGAGACAGAGCCGGGAGCUGCAGGACCUGGAAUGUUGCAACAACCAGAAGCUGCUCCUUGAAUAUGAGAAAUACCAGGAGCUGCAGCUCAAGUCCCAGAGAAUGCAGGAGGAGUACGAAAAACAGCUCCGAGAUAAUGAUGAGACAAAGAGCCAGGCCCUGGAGGAGCUGACGGAGUUCUAUGAGGCCAAACUGCAGGAGAAAACAACCCUUCUAGAAGAGGCACAGGAAGAUGUCCGCCAGCAGCUUCGGGAAUUUGAGGAAACCAAGAAGCAGAUUGAAGAAGAUGAAGACAGAGAGAUCCAAGACAUCAAAACCAAGUACGAGAGAAAGCUUCGGGACGAAAAGGAGUCCAACCUUCGGCUCAAGGGAGAAACGGGCAUCAUGAGGAAGAAGUUCAGCAGCCUGCAAAAGGAAAUCGAAGAGCGCACCAAUGACAUUGAGCUCCUGAAGGCAGAGCAGAUGAAGCUGCAGGGGGUCAUCAAGUCCCUGGAGAAAGACAUCCAAGGGCUCAAGAGAGAGAUCCAGGAGAGGGAUGAGACCAUUCAAGACAAGGAGAAGCGAAUUUAUGACCUGAAGAAGAAGAACCAAGAACUAGAGAAAUUCAAGUUUGUCCUCGAUUACAAAAUAAAGGAGCUGAAGAAGCAAAUAGAACCUCGGGAGGAUGAGAUCAAAGUGAUGAAGGAGCAGAUCCAGGAGAUGGAAGCCGAGCUGGAGCGUUUCCAUAAGCAGAACACACAACUGGAGCUGAACAUCACGGAGCUGUUGCAGAAACUGAGAGCCACAGAUCAGGAGAUGCGCAAAGAACAGCAGAAGGAAAGGGACCUGGAAGUGCUGGUCCGCCGCUUUAAGACAGACCUUCACAACUGCGUGGCCUACAUCCAGGAGCCUCGGCUGCUGAAGGAGAAGGUCCGAGGCCUCUUCGAGAAGUACGUGCAGCGGGCAGACAUGGUGGAGAUCGCAGGCUUGAACACAGACCUGCAGCAGGAGUAUGCCCGCCAGCGGGAGCACCUGGAGAGGAACCUUGCCACGCUCAAGAAGAAAGUGAUCAAGGAGGGCGAGCUGCACCGCACGGACUACGUCCGCAUCAUGCAGGAAAAUGUCUCUCUGAUCAAGGAAAUUAAUGAGCUCCGCCGGGAGCUGAGGUUAACCCGCUCCCAAAUCUACGACCUUGAAUCAGCCCUGAAACUGUCCAAGAAAACUCGACCACAAGAAGUUACAGAGACAGUGCUCUCGAAGGAACCAACCAGUGCCACCACGAGGCUGAAUGAACAGGAGGAGACAGGGAGAAUCAUUGAAAUGCAGCGCCUGGAAAUCCGCCGCCUCAGAGAACAGAUCCAGGAGCAGGAGCAGGUCCCAGGCCUCCACACCAUCGCAGGAAUUCGGCUCCCUUCCCUCAUCGACUCAGAAGUGGACCUAGAGGUACACACCAAGUGACCUCUGGUGAGCCCUCUCCAGUCAUAGCCGGAAGCAAGCCAGACUCUGACCUGAGUUCCAUCAACCCCUUUCAUCCUGGAAAGCUAGGGGUGGGGUCAGAAUAAAG